AAUGGCGCAAGCAUCUAGAAUAAAACAUAUAUUUAUUACCGGACCUCCAGGUAUUGGAAAAACAACACUAAUUCGACGAGUACACGAAGAGUUAACAAAGAAGAACAUUAAAUGUAGAGGCUUCUAUACAGAAGAACUUCGAGAGAGAAGUGGUCGUAUUGGUUUUGAUAUUGUAACUUUGGAUAACGAAAGACAAUCGCUAGCCCGACUUAGUUCCUUAUGUCCUGCCGAAAAAGGACCUCAAGUAGGUCGCUAUACGGUGAAUUUAAGGUCUUUUGAAUCAUUAGCUGUCGACUCUCUAAGUACGAAUGGGAACAAAAUUUGUAUCGUUGACGAAAUUGGGAAAAUGGAGUUGUUUAGCGAAAAAUUUAAGAAAGCUGUAACUGAACUUUUCAAGCAGGACCUAAUUAUUUUAGCAACAGUUCCUGAAAAAAGAUUUGGUUCAUCUUUAAAUUUUGUCGAAAACUUAUGCAAACGUUCCGACGUGAAACUAAUAACAAUAGCUAGAUCUAAUAGAGAUCAAAUGGUUUCAGAAGUUUUAAAUUCACUACUAUCUAUGAGCGACUUAUAA